CUGUUUACCACACAGUGGACCAGGGACAUGGCUUUCAGAAAGAGCAAGAGCACCGAGAGCAAGAAAAGCUCCGAGAAAAGUACAGAGACUACUGGUAUUAAUGGAAUAGACAAAACGUCUCCAGAGAGCACUAAGCCACUCUCAACGCCCGAUGCAGAGGUGCCUGAGUCGCAGCAGCCUUCGAGUUCGAGUCCCGUAGAGCCCGACCCGCCACCUAUCGACCCUGUCGUACGAGCAGAACAACUGAAGGAAGAAGGGAAUGCCGUGUUUCGGGAGAAGAAUUACGACAAGGCCAUUGGUCUCUAUUCCCAGGCAAUCGAACUACGACCUUCCGAACCAACGUACUUGACAAACCGAGCGGCCGCGUACAUGGCUAUGAAGCGAUUCAAGCCUGCUCUUACAGAUUGUCAACAAGCUGCUUCCCUACAAUCUUCAGAUCCUUCGCCAAAGACCUUAAUACGCCUCGCGCGCUGUCAACUCGCCACUGGUGCACCAGGACCUGCACUUUCCGCCCUGCGAGAAGUCCUCACCUUGGAACCUAACAACGCUGCGGCAAAACAAUUACAGACAAAAGUGCUUGAGCUCGAGGCCCACCUUCGCAACUUCGAGGGUGCACGAUCUAGGAAAGACUGGGCAAUGGCACGACUGGCUCUUGAUAAAUGCUUACAAUCGCUUGAUGGUGAAGCGGGCGAUGCUCCUUCAGAAUGGCGGUGUUGGCGAAUAGAGCUUGAACUCGCACGAGCGAACUGGGACGCAGCAAACAUCGCUGCAAACGAUGCCCUCCGACGAGACUCGAAUUCAGCGGAUGUAUUAGCCCUCCGAGGGCUUGUCUUAUUCCUUACCGCAAAAUUGCCUGGUGCAUAUCAACAUGCCAUGUCCGCUUUAAAAUUAGAUCCGGAUAACCUCCGCGCAAAAAAGCUCAGGCAACGAAUAAAAGCUGUGGAAAGACUAAAAGACGAGGGCAACACGAGUUUCAAAUCAAAUCAAUGGCAAACUGCGAUUGACAAAUAUACCGAAGCGUUAGAUAUUGUCGGUGAUUCAGAGGAAGAAGGAAGGGGUGGCCAGAUGCGAGCAACCCUUCUCUCGAACCGAGCGACGUCAUUACUGAAGGUGGACAGGCAUGACGACGCCUUAUCUGAUAUCACGACAUCCUUAGAACUCAACCCGACUUCCUUUAAAGCUCUUCGAACCCGAGCCCGCAUACAACUACAUUUAGAGAAAUACGAAGCAGCAGUUCAAGAUUUCAAGUCUGCUCUUGAACAUGCCGCUUCUGAAGGGGCCACAGCAGACGAACGAGCAUUACAGACCGAACUUCGUAAAGCUGAAGCUGACCUCAAGCGAAGUAAAACGAAAGACUAUUACAAGAUCCUCGGUGUGCAGCGCGACUGUUCAGAUGGGGAACUCAAGAAAGCAUACCGCCGGGAGAGCUUAAAACAUCAUCCCGAUAAAGGUGGUGAUGAAGAAAAGUUUAAGCUCGUCGUCGAAGCACAUUCAGUCCUCUCGGACCCGACGAAGAGGCAACGGUACGACUUGGGCGAAGACGUCGACGGAUCCAUGAACUCGUCCGGUAUGGGCGGCGGGUUCGGCGGGAUGGACCCAGACGACUUUGCUAACAUUUUCAUGCAGUUCGGUGGUGGAGGCGGAUUUAGUGGAGGUUCUGGCUUUGGCGGCGGAUCUGGCUUUGGCGGUGGUGGUAGUGGCUUCCAUUACCGAACGGGUGGUCCGGGCCGUACAACGUUCCGUUUCUAAAAUUGCCAAUGUUUACUGUCUUUCUCGUUACUGCCACCUCAUUGCAUUGCAGCGCUCUCCAAACACACUUGUUCAUGCCAUGUAUGCUCUUGCUGUCGCAUAUUCCACUGCGCAUCCUCUUGCCAUAGUUGUUUUAUU